UAAUUUACCAUCCUCCCCCUAGAAUCUUAACAUCCCAAAUUGUAAACCAAGCUUUCAACCUGACCGGGUGCAAAACCGCAAACGGUACUGGCGAAGAGAGAAGAAUCUGGUUUUGUCUCAUUAUCAUCCAAUUGAUCAUCCCCCAAUUCUUCUCUUGAUCCUAUGCGUUUUGUCCCUCCUCGUUAAAUCUCCCAUAAUAACCUGAGUGAUCUCAUUCUUUCUCUCUCUAGCUCAAUCAGUUGGUCUACUUCUCAAUUUCAUCUCGAUCUGCUUCGCCUAAUUCAGAGAAUUUCUCCAAGAUGUACGGAUUCGAAGCUAUGACUUUCAACAUCCAUGGCGGUUAUUUGGAAGCCAUUGUUAGAGGUUACAGGUCUGGAUUGUUGACUGCUGCUGAUUACAACAAUUUGUGUCAGUGUGAGACACUCGAUGAUAUUAAAAUGCAUCUAUCUGCUACUGACUACGGUCCUUACCUCCAGAACGAACCUUCUCCUUUGCACACAACUACGCUUGUCGAGAAAUGCACUCUGAAGCUGGUUGAUGAAUAUAAGCAUAUGAUGUGCCAGGCAACAGAACCCUUGUCAACUUUCUUAGAGUACAUCACGUAUGGUCACAUGAUUGAUAAUGUUGUUCUGAUUGUGACCGGAACUUUGCAUGAGAGGGAUGUUCAAGAGCUGUUGGAGAAAUGUCAUCCCUUAGGGAUGUUUGAUAGUAUUGCUACCCUUGCUGUUGCUCAGAAUAUGAGGGAUUUAUAUAGAUUGGUGCUUGUUGAUACUCCCUUGGCCCGAUACUUCUCCGAGUGUAUCACAUCCGAGGACUUGGAUGAUAUGAACAUUGAGAUUAUGAGAAACACCCUUUACAAAGCAUAUCUUGAGGAUUUCUAUCGAUUCUGUCAGAAGCUUGGUGGGGCUACUGCAGAGAUUAUGUCGGAUCUUCUUGCCUUUGAGGCUGAUAGAAGAGCUGUCAAUAUUACAAUUAAUAGCAUUGGAACUGAACUUACAAGGGAAGACCGUAAGAAGUUGUACUCAAACUUUGGGCUCUUGUAUCCUUAUGGACAUGAAGAGCUUGCUCUUUCUGAGGAUGUAGAUCAGGUUCGUGGUGUUAUGGAAAAAUACCCACCAUAUCAGUCAAUAUUCUCCAAGAUGUCUUAUGGAGAAAGCCAGAUGCUGGACAAGGCGUUUUAUGAAGAGGAGGUCAAGAGAUUAUGCUUAUCAUUUGAACAACAGUUCCAUUAUGCUGUGUUCUUUGCUUACAUGAGGUUGAGGGAGCAGGAAAUUAGGAAUCUGAUGUGGAUUUCCGAAUGCGUUGCACAAAACCAAAAGUCUAGAGUUCACGACAGUGUUGUCUUCAUAUUCUUGUAGUCUUCGUACAAGUUGCCUUCUGAGCAAAUAUGAAAAACCUUGUGUGAUUUUCAGGAAUUGCAGGAGUAAAUUCCAUGUUGAUUGCGCCUUUGUACAUCUAAUCUAAAUUAUGUACGUUGUAGAAAUCAAUUGCAAACAUUAUUUAUACUGUACAAGGUGGAAUAAAGCUUUGGUGUGAUUACUUCAUUCAAAAGGUCACCUGGAUUCCAUUCUGCUGGGGAGCCAGACAUUAUAUGUCCGUUUUGUGUUAAACUCGACUGAAUUCUGACAUAUUAUAAGUCAAAUUUUGAACUGCUUCAUUCAUUGCUGUGGAAUUGCCCUAUUUACUCUAAUAUUUAUACCUUGUGUUAUAUUUAC